AAGAUGUUGAAACCCUUCCUUGAGAUACACGUGGAAAAAAAGGAAAAGAAAAAGGAACAACGUUAAGUACACAGACAAGUGGAGAGGGAGUGGCAGAUUUGGUGUUUUCUCUCUUACCCUACUCCUCAUUUUCUCUCCUAAAAUCACCCCAAAUUGGGGAGAUAAGAUUUUGGUGGGUCUGGAGAGAAAAUACCUAAGCCUAGCCAAAAUCUCUCCAAUUUUCCACCCCAACCAAACAACCCAAAAAACCCUUUUCUCUCCCCCAUUUUCUAUCCUCCCUGUUUUCACCCCAACCAAAUGGACCCUAAGUCUAUCCAAGAGUCUUUAUCAUCUAUUCCAGGCUGGAGGAAAACAUUCCAUUAGAAUGAUACAUGGGACAUAGUUCCUCUUCCAUCCAGAAAAAAAAAACUAUUGUUGGUUAUCACUGGAUGUAUACUGUGAAGAACUGCUGGACAGUUCUCUUGUGCAUUUGAAGGCUCAAUGUGUUCCUCCCAUUCUUGAGUUUUUGAAAUUUUAAUUUUAUUGCUUCCCUUUCUAUGUUGUUAAAUAUAUGUAUGUCUCACAAUUGAUGAUUAUAGGUUUCUAUAUUAAUAUGAGCAUUGUUUCUUUGCUGCAACUUAUGGUCAUGCACAACUUAUGGUUUCUUUGCUGCAAGAUAUGCAAGAGAGUGAUCAAAGAAUGACGAUGUUACAAUUGAAAGACAAAAUGAAAAUAAAGCACAAGGAACUAGGUUCUGAACUGAAGCGAGAGGAAACAGAACAACUUGUCAUAAAGCUUAUAUUAGAUCGUAUAUUGAAAGAAGAAUUUCAGCAUACAGCUUAUGCCACAAAUGCUUAUGUAACAUUGGGCCAUUUGCCAAGCAAGUCUUACGCGGUAAGGAAUGUAACUAGGAUCCAAGGCCUUGUAAGACUAAUUAAUAGAUCCAAGACCAAGCGCUGGAGUCUUCCUCCUAAAGGAACAUACAAGAUCAAUACAGAUGCAGCAGUCUUCAACAACAAGGGCUGCUGUGGUUUCGGGGUGGUUAUUAGAAAUGACCAAGGGGAGAUGAUGGGAGCUUUGUGCAAGAAAGUUGAAUUUCCGUUGGGGGCUAUUGAAGCAGAAGCAAAAGCUACGGAAGCGGGUAUUUAUUUAGCUUGGGACCUUGGACUGAAAGAUAUUGUGGUGGAAGGAGACUCCCAACAAGUUAUACAAGCUCUAAAUGGAUGCAAGCCUCCUGCUCUGCCCAUUUUGAAGAUUGUCGAAGGUCUGAAAUGUUUUCUGCUGCAGUUCAACUCUUGGAAGGCUGUGCAUACUAGAAGAAACACUAACGAAGUGGCGCACUUGCUAGCUAGGAAUGCAAUGAAUGUGAAAGAUAGUGAAAUAUGGGUAGAGGAUACUCCUCCCUUAAUAGAACAUCAGAUUCUGUUUGAUGUAAGUUCCUUAGACAGUUGUCUGUAG